AUGUCCAAAAUCGACCUCGGUUCAGCUGUCGGAUGGGAAGACGAGGACAAGCCUGUCUCCUGGAACCAACGCGACAUCCUCAUUUACUCGGUUGGCAUUGGCGCGAAGAAGGACGACUUUGCUUUGAUCAACGAACUGGGUGAGAACGGCUCGCAUAGGGUCAUGGCUCUACCCUUAGACUAA